GUGAAUCUUUCCCUGAUUGGUUCCGGCCUCGAUACCCUCUCUGAUUGGCGGAGCGGGGGUUGCCGUGGCGACGUGGCCCGAGCGUUAGGGGGAGCCGGCGCCGCCGCAACGAUGGUGCCGGGGGGCGGCCUGAAGCAGCCCCAGUGCCAUGAAGCCAGGAUCUGCAUGUGGAAGUACCUGGACGUUCACUCCAUGGACCUCAUCGACAAGGCGCAGACCACUGAUGAGCUGAAGAGGGUGCUGGCGGAGCUGUUCCAGCUGCAGGGCUGGGAUUCAGACCCACGGGCCGCCAUCUUGCUGGAUCUCUACUUCUACACGGUGCAGUUCAGCCGGGAACACAGCUUCACCCGGGAGCAAAGCUCCGCCUUCUUCGCCAUCGUCAAAGACACCCACGAGGCCUGUGUGGAGACACCACUGCCCAAUGUGGAGGAAUGUUACCGCUACUUCACCGAGCUGCUCUUCUGCCACGCCGUGCGGCGGCCUCCAUUCAGCAUCGACCUCUUCAGCCAGGAGCAGCUGGCACUCAUGAGUGACUACGUGGUGAACACCUACUUCCGCCACUUCAAGCUGUACAAAUACGCCUUCACACCCCAGGUCCGGCUGGACAUAUCGCUGUCCUACGUGGGAAUGCCGGAGCCGGAGCCCGCAGCCGAGCUGGGAGAACAGGGUGAGAGCGUGACGGUGCCUGUGCCCCCAGCGCAAGAGGAGGAAGCCGACAGUGGAACCACAGCCCCCAGGGAGAGCCCCAGGGCCCCGCUGCGGGAAUACAUCUCGGCUCAGCUCUGCCAGGAGCUGGCCCAGCUGCGGCUGGCGGUGGAGGAGCGGCUACGGGCGAGCGAGGAGCAGUUCAAUGCUAAGCUGGCCCUGCUGGAGAAGGUGCCCAACUCCCCCAAAGGGGGCAGCCGGGGCCACCAGAAGUGAGGGGAGAGGAGAGGGCAAUAAAGGACUCCGAUUCUA